AGAGUCCUAUUUGAAACAAAGAGGGAGUUUGGGGGGAGAGAAAAGUUGGUUGGUUCCAGGGCGGCCGCCCAAAGAAGCAAGGAACAAGAUGUUUGCAGUUACCACGCAGCCUGCAAGCCUCAGCCGGGUGCAGAGAUGGAGCAAAGUAACUUGAAAGCUCUCCUCUCGGCGCCCUGUGCCUGCAGCUUCCCCCCCUAACGCGCGCCUAGAUCCAGCGCCGGUGUCCCCAAAGUGCAACUCAACAUUGUGUACCUCGCUGUGGACAUGAAUCCAGGAAGGACAUGUGGGGGAUUCCGUUUCCAACUCCAGGACAUGACAGUAACACUCCGCAGUCAAGUUGGACCUCCUGAACCAGCAUCAUAGUUGUCAUUUAGUAUGGAAGAAGAUGAAUUCUUUGGAGAAAAAACAUUCCAGCGUCAUUGUGCAGAAUUCAUCAAACAUUCACAGCAGAUAGGUGAUGGCUGGGAAUGGAGAACUUCAAAGGACUGUUCUGAUGGCUACAUGUGCAAAACGCAUUUUCAAGUUAAAGAUGGGACAGCAGUGUCACCUCCAGGAUCAUCUGCCCAUGUACAAAUGUGUCUUCCCAUGGAGGAGGCUUUAGAGUUACCCCUGGAUGACUUUGAAGUGACUGAGACCAUGGCAGCAACCGAAGUGAUUAAAUACGAGUAUCAUGUCUUAUAUUCCUGUAGCUACCAAGUGCCCAUGCUUUACUUCAGGGCAAGCUUUUUAGAUGGAAGGCCUGUAGCUCUGACGGACAUAUGGGAAGGCGUCCAUGACUGCUAUAAGACCCGGCUGCAGCAGGGACCAUGGGACACCAUUACCCAACAGGAGCAUCCAAUACUCGGGCAGCCCUUUUUUGUACUUCAUCCCUGCAAGACAAGUGAAUUCAUGACUCCUGUGCUAAAGAAUUCUCGGAAAAUCAAUAGGAACGUCAACUACAUCACAUCUUGGCUAAGCUUUGUAGGGCCAGUCGUUGGGCUGAAUCUGCCUCUGAGUUAUGCCGGAGCAGCCUCUCAAGAUAAAUGAAAUGGCAAUUGACAGGUUCUUUCAUUGAGCGAAAGAGCAUAGAAAUCGCAGCAUGAAGAAUGCUGGAAGUUUACGUGGCCCACCCUGGUUUUAAGAGGACCAAUACUGUGAAUUUUCAGCUCACCAAGACAUGGAUUUUUGAUGUGGAUUUUUUUUUUCCCCCUUGGAAACAAAUGUCUGCAGCAACUGAUACACCAUGCGUUUGAAGAAACACCUCAAAGACACAAAUCAAUAUAAAUAGCAAAAAGUUAAUGUAACAUGAUAAUAGAAAUACUGACAUCAUAGGGCCCUUCCAGGCCAUUCUUUCAUGUCUCUGAGACUUGUCUUCUUCAUCUUUAAUAUGAGAAUAACAAGCUACCUCAAUAGAGUUGCUGUGAGAACUACAUGAGAUCAUUAAUACAUGAGAAAAUAUUGUAAAGUAUUAUACAAAUGUUCAUUAAAUGCUCACCUUUCUUA